AUGCCUAAAGUAUCAAACAUUGAAUCAUUCAUUGAGCUAGCCUCAGAAUUAUACUCUACAUAUCCCACCACCACAACAUUAUCCAUAACUUACACCAAUGUUUCGAAGAAACACAGUAGCAAGAAUACCAAGGAAUCAGUAACGAAACCGAAACACGCCGUGGCUACUCAUUCAGUCAAUUUCAAGUUAUACGAACCAAAUUCAGGAAAAUGCAUUAAAUUCAACACAUUCAAAAUCAAAGAAUUAUCAAGAAUAUUGAAUUUCGUAGGUCCAAAGGGUGUCAAUGACAGUGAUAAUACUCAUGUUGUUGGAUUGGGAAGUUUGAUGACAAAUGUCAAAUAUGAUGCUGUGGAGGAAGAAACCACACCAGCUCCAGAAGGAACACCAGAAGUUGUUAGCAAUGCUGCUGCUACUGGUACAGGUACUAGUGUUGCUCCUUCUGCUGCUCAAUCAAAGAAGAAAAAUAAGAAAAAGAAGAAGAAGAAUUAG